CCUAGCCUGGGCGCUCAGGGUGCACGAGCCAAGGGUCUGUGGACCUUCCCCACAACUGGAGUUAUUCUCCUUCUAACCCACUCGCAGCCGGGGACCUGUUUCCAGCCAACUAGUCAGUCCGUCUAUGAUUGGUUUGUGGCAGGAGCCAGGUGGCUCACAAUCAAUUGGAUAACAGAGAGGGCGGACCUGAGGCGGUGUGGGGAAAUGAUCGACACGAAGUCGAGCUAAUGGAAUGUGGUCAGACCGGACUUUCAGCUCUAACCUCACCGAGAGGGCAUGGAGCGGGUGUUUGGCCGGUUGCUAAGGUAAGGUUGGCGCCACCGGAGCAUGAGGGUGAUUGGUGGAAGUAAGAAAAGAUAUAGCCAAUGAAACGUGUGCUGCCAGACUUCUACCCCAAUCAGAGAAGGGGAGUAGACUGGGACGCCUCAGUAUGUUAAUUAGACAGGGGGAGUCUUUACAAAACUAUAGACGUGAAGUCGACCACGUGAGCCCUAGAAACGGAGGACAUUGGCAUUAUAGUCUCUAUUAGCUCCUAAGAGGCAGGCCACGAGAAAAUUAUUUCAAGUGUCCGGUCUCGACGGGGAUGUGAUAAGGAGUUUCCCCCGUAGGCCCUUUGCAUGGUGCGCUCCGCUUGUUCACGUGAGCCGGUUACAAGAUGGCGGCAGGGGUGGCUGGGUGGGGGGCUGAGGCAGAGGAGUUCGAGGAUGCGCCUGAUGUGGAACCACUGGAGCCCACGCUUAGCAACAUCAUCGAGCAACGCAGCCUUAAGUGGAUCUUCGUCGGGGGCAAGGGUGGCGUGGGCAAGACAACCUGCAGCUGCAGCCUGGCAGUCCAGCUGUCCAAGGGGCGGGAGAGUGUUCUGAUCAUCUCCACAGACCCAGCCCACAACAUCUCGGAUGCUUUUGACCAGAAGUUCUCCAAGGUGCCUACCAAGGUCAAAGGCUAUGACAACCUCUUCGCCAUGGAGAUUGACCCCAGCCUUGGCGUGGCAGAGCUGCCUGAUGAGUUCUUUGAGGAGGACAACAUGCUGAGCAUGGGCAAGAAGAUGAUGCAGGAGGCCAUGAGCGCCUUCCCAGGCAUUGACGAGGCCAUGAGCUACGCUGAGGUCAUGAGGCUGGUGAAGGGCAUGAAUUUCUCGGUGGUGGUAUUUGACACAGCACCCACGGGCCACACGCUGAGGCUGCUCAACUUCCCCACUAUCGUCGAGAGGGGCCUGGGCCGCCUCAUGCAGAUCAAGAACCAGAUCAGCCCCUUCAUCUCACAGAUGUGCAACAUGCUGGGCCUGGGGGACAUGAACGCAGACCAGCUGGCCUCCAAGCUGGAGGAGACACUGCCUGUCAUUCGUUCUGUCAGCGAGCAGUUCAAGGACCCUGAGCAGACCACCUUUAUCUGCGUGUGUAUUGCUGAAUUCCUGUCCCUGUAUGAGACAGAGCGGCUAAUUCAGGAGCUAGCCAAGUGCAAGAUUGACACACACAACAUCAUUGUCAACCAGCUCGUUUUUCCUGACCCUGAGAAGCCCUGCAAGAUGUGUGAGGCCCGCCACAAGAUCCAGGCCAAGUACCUGGACCAGAUGGAGGACCUAUAUGAAGACUUCCACAUCGUGAAGCUGCCACUGUUGCCCCACGAAGUGCGGGGUGCGGACAAGGUCAACACUUUCUCAGCCCUCCUCCUAGAACCCUACAAACCCCCCAGCACCCAGUAGCACCGCUGCCCACCCCAGCUGCUGCCAUUUCACGCCCACCCUCCAACCCUACCCCAGGGCAGAGUUUGCACAAGGUCCUCCCAUGGUGCAGGGGGAGCCACUGGGGGGAGGGGAGGGAGGUGGCGAGG